AGGAGACAUAAUUCAGUCCCACAUACUGCGUGGAAAGCCGAGAGCUUUUCGACAGGGCUUCUUCGAUAAGCUCCGGAGAACUGUCACUGUAAAAGGCCGCUGCUGGAACCCCCAUUCUCCUUGUUGGGGCCUUUUUACGUCGAAUUGCAAGGGUCACUGACUGUUCGACUUGGUUGAUGAAGGCGAUGGGGGCUUCGGGAGCUGUGAUGGCGGUGCGGGUUCUGUCGGUUGUGGUGCUGCUGGCGGUAGUGUCUACCGUCGGCGCUGAAGCUGUAGUAGCUUCGGGUUUGUUAACCACGGACUACUACGCCCGUUCGUGCCCUCGACUCUCCUCAAUUGUCAAGGAAGAGGUUCAGAAGGCUGUGAAGGUCGAGAAACGGAUGGCGGCUUCCCUUGUUCGCCUCCAUUUUCAUGAUUGCUUCGUCCAUGGAUGCGAUGGGUCAAUUCUAUUGGAUGAUACGGCAACUUUCAUCGGAGAAAAGACUGCAGCCGCAAAUAACAAUUCAGCAAGAGGUUUUGAGGUGAUUGACGGUAUUAAGGCCAAGUUAGAGGAGGCUUGUCCAAAAACAGUGUCGUGUGCGGAUAUUCUUGCACUCGCUUCGAGGGACUCUGCUGUUGAGGUGGGAUUGUCCGAGAGAUAUCCAGUGUUCGUCGGUCGUCUCGACAGCCUGAACGCAAGUCGCGAUGAAGCCAAUUUAAGACUACCAUCUCCUCGAGCCAAUUACAGCGAACUAAAAAAGAACUUUGAAUUUCAAGGACUUAACGAAGUUGAUCUUAUCGCACUCUCAGGUGCUCACACAAUUGGCAAAGUCAGAUGCCAGAUUGUCAGGCUCUUCCUGAACGACACCGACACCAACGCUGAAUUCCGCAGUAACCUUGCUAAAGAGUGUCCAGCGGGUGGAGACGACUUCAAAUUGCAAAACCUGGAUCUUAAAACCCCUGAAAAAUUCGACAAUAACUAUUUCAAGAAUUUGCGAAGAGGCGAGGGUAUUAUCCGAAGCGAUCAGACGCUGUGGAGCACGCCGGGCAUUAAUCAAGCCAUUGUCUGGGACUUUGCUCGCAAUCAGAAGACUUUCUUCCGACAGUUUGCCUUCAGUACCAUCAAGAUGGGCAAUAUCAGACCUCCCGCUGGCACAAAGGGAGAAAUCAGAGAGAAUUGCAGGGCGGUGAACUCUGCUCCCCUUGUUGCAUCCGAGUAGUCCUCUGUGCUUGGUGAUCCGCCUUGGUGGCAGGAUUAAGCAUUUCGAAAGUGGUCAUCAGUAGCUGUUGUACUUAAUAACUUUAAUGCACACAAUUAUAUGUUCAGAUGAUGUUGGUAUUUCUCAGAGAGUGCCUUGAAUAUCUCUGAACCAUCAGAACCUGCCUUGACCGAAGUAGUCAUUGUCGGGCUUACGUGCAUACUUCGGCUGGGGAAAAUAUACUCGUCUUCGAGUGAGUACUAACUUUUCAACCUUAAGUUAUAUUUGCCAAGUAUCCACUGUUGGGGUAGGCCUACCUCUCCUCA